AUGGGAAAGCCAGAGUCCCAAGUGCAUGAAUGUAAACAGCAUUGGGUCAAGCAAAUGCGGCUGAAAUUUUGUGUACGGCCUGAUGAUGAAAUAACCAAGGAACUAAUAAACGCUGACGGCACAUUGAAUCAAAAAUAUUUUCAUCCACCAGAGGGCUGGCAACCUGGUAAGCCAAAAUGCCCUUGGACCGAUAAUGAGCGAGCACUACUCGUACAAGGUAUCGAAAAAUAUGGAAUAGGUCACUUUCGUGAGAUUCAAGAAGAAUUCCUGCCGGAUUGGGUAACGUACCUUAUUUUCAGGCCACCUUUUGCGCUUGUUCUGUAG